AUGAGUACUAGCAAACAAGCGUCGAAAGCUCUUGUAGAUAUUGAGAAGAAAGGGGGAGAUAGCAAGUGUGAUGACAAACAAGGGUCAAAAUUAAAUAAGAGAGAACAAAUUAUUUUACCAUUAACUUUUAUUUUAAUUGGUCUGAGUUCGUUAAAUGUGUGGAAUACAGCCUUAGGAUUAAAUAUUAAUUUUAAAUAUAACACAUAUCAAAUAACCGGUUUAGUAUGUUCUUCUAUAAUAGCUCUUUUUAUUAACAUACCGAAAAUAUUAUUACCAUAUAUUUUAGGAAUGCUAGCAAUAUUAUGUGGAGGCUUUCAAAUAUCGCAUCGAUUUUUUGAAUAUAAAGAAUUUGACACGUAUUGUUUAGUGGCUUUUAUAGUAAUAGGAAUAAUGGCAGGAUUUGCACAAACAAUUGCUUUUAGUAUUGGAACAACUAUGGAAGAAAAUAUGGGGGGCUAUAUGUCUGCAGGAAUCGGUAUAUCGGGAGUUUUUAUCUUCGUUAUAAAUAUAUUGCUUGAUCUUAUUGUUUCAGAUACAAAAAUACAUGAUAUAAAUGCAGCAAAGUUAUUAUAUCUAUAUAUUAUAUGUGAAGUAUGUUUAGUACUUGCAAUUAUUUUUUGUGUAUGUAAUUUAGAAUUAUCAUCAACAUCAACUAAAAAAGAGGAGGAAAAAAAUGAUGAACCAGGGUUAUCAUACAUGGAAUUAAUUAAAGAUAGUUAUAAAGCAAUUUUGGCUAUGUUUUUAGUAAAUUGGUUAUCUCUACAAUUAUUUCCAGGAGUUGGGCAUAAAAAAUGGCAACAGCGUCAUAAAAUUACAGAUUAUUAUGUAACUAUCAUUGUUGGUAUGUUUCAAGUUUUUGAUUUUGUAAGUAGGUAUCCACCUAAUUUAAGUCAUAUUAAGAUUUUUAAAUUUUUUACUUUUUCUUUAAAUAAAUUAUUAAUAGCAAAUGUUAUUCGUAUGCUUUUUAUUCCAUGGUUUGUUUUAAACGCAGCUGUGUCUAAACCAUUUUUUGAAAGCAUCAUUCAACAGUGUAUUUGUAUGGCUUUACUUGCUUAUACUAAUGGAUGGUUUAACACAAUUCCAUUUAUAGUCUUUGUUCAAGAAUUAAAAAAAGCAAAAAAAAAGAAAGACAUUGAAACAAUAUCUACCUUCAUGGUUAUUGCUAUGUUUGUUGGUUUGUUUAUGGGUAUAUGGACGACUUAUAUUUAUAACCUAUUUCCACUUGUGCCAGAGAGUAAAGCAGAACUGUGA